UUGGCCUUUCAAGCCAUCACUCUGUCUCUCUGUCUCUCUGUCUCUCUCCAUUUUGUCUCUCCCAUAUUGUGACCUCUUUGAUUCUCAAUAUCUCCAAUUUUUCCUAUUCAAUUUCAUCUCCAAAUCUCAAAACCCAGUUGGCUCAAGCCUCAAAUACUUUCAAUUCAAUCUUUACAAUUCUGGGUUUUUGUUCAAUUUUGUGAUUCAUCAAAUCAAAUCAAACUAUGGUUAAUGAAAACAAAGCUCUUCCCAAUUUUCUCUUAUCAGUGAAGCUCAAAUAUGUCAAGCUUGGUUACCACUACUUGAUUUCCCAUGCCAUGUACCUAUUGCUCAUGCCACUUCUAGCUAUAGUCUCAGUCCAUCUCUCGACUCUCGAACCCCGAGACCUAGCCCACCUAUGGAACCACCUCAAAUUCAACCUAGUUACAGUUUUUCUCUGCUCAGCCCUCUUGGUUUUCCUAGCCACUCUCCAUUUCAUGACCCGGCCUCGAAAAAUCUACUUAGUGAAUUUCGCAUGUUACAAGCCUGAACUGGCCCGUAUGUGUAGCAGAGAACUUUUUAUAGAUAGGUCUGUACAGGCAGGGACCUUCACUGAAGAGAACAUAGCUUUUCAGAAGAAGAUUGUGGAGCGGUCUGGGCUCGGGCAGAAAACGUAUUUGCCCGAGGCAGUGAUUCAGGUCCCGCCUAAUCCGUGUAUGGCAGAGGCGAGGAAGGAGGCGGAGAUGGUGAUGUUUGGGGCAAUCGAUGAGGUUUUGGCGAAAACCGGUGUGAAGGCAAAGGAUAUUGGGAUAGUUAUUGUGAAUUGCAGCUUGUUUAAUCCUACACCGUCGCUUUCGGCUAUGGUUGUGAAUCAUUAUAAGCUUAGGGGGAAUGUUUUGAGCUACAGUCUUGGUGGUAUGGGCUGCAGUGCUGGAUUGAUCUCAAUUGACCUUGCAAAACAACUAUUACAGGUGCAACCCAAUUCCUAUGCCCUAGUGGUGAGCAUGGAGAAUAUCACUCUCAAUUGGUACUUUGGUAACAACCGGUCUAUGCUUGUCUCAAAUUGUCUCUUCCGAAUGGGUGGUGCUGCAAUCCUCCUCUCCAACCGCUCAUCUGAUCGCAGGCGUUCAAAGUACCAACUCAUCCACACCAUGCGUACCCACAAGGGAGCCGAUGACAAAUGUUACAGUUGUGUGUUCCAAGAAGAGGAUGAAACUAAGAGAAUCGGCGUUGCAUUGUCAAAAGACCUAAUGGCUGUAGCGGGAGAGGCCUUGAAAACAAACAUCACUACACUCGGGCCAUUGGUUCUUCCCAUGUCCGAGCAACUCCUAUUUUUCACUACUUUAGUAGCCAGAAAGGUCCUUAAGAUGAAGAUUAAGCCUUACAUUCCCGAUUUUAAAUUGGCUUUUGAGCAUUUCUGCAUUCAUGCCGGAGGGAGAGCAGUGCUAGACGAGCUAGAAAAAAACCUCGAUCUCACUGAAAGGCAUAUGGAGCCUUCUAGAAUGACUCUAUAUAGGUUUGGGAAUACAUCGAGUAGUUCAUUGUGGUAUGAAUUGGCUUAUACCGAGGCUAAGGGGAGGAUGAGGAAGGGUGACCGGACAUGGCAAAUUGCGUUUGGAUCGGGGUUUAAGUGUAAUAGUGCUGUUUGGCGUGCUCUGAGGACUAUUGAUCCGGCGAAGGAGGUGAACCCUUGGAUGGAUGAGAUUGAUGAAUUUCCUAUUCAUGUGCCUAAAGUGACAAAAAUUGAUUCAUGAAACAUUUUCAUGUUCAUAUUAAAGAGUUGAGUUGUCUUUCUUCAUAAAACAUGAGUGUGCCCUAUUGUUUUAGAAAGAAAAUUAGUCAUAAAUGCCAAUCCCCUUUGGUAUCUCUUUUAUUUAUUUAUUUAUUUAUUUUUCUUUUCUAAAUGGUGAUCGUAAUGAGAUUAUUAAUAUAACAAGAAGUGUUGCUUGAUU